GACAGGGCAGGGGGCAACCCCACUAAGGCGGGAUGUUCAUGUCCAAGUCCAACUCGGUGUCGCCGUCGCCGUCCCUGGAGCAGGCUGACUCGGAUGCGCUGGACAUCAGCACCAAAGUGCAGCUCUACGGCGUGCUGUGGAAGCGGCCCUUCGGGCGGCCAUCCGCCAAGUGGUCCCGGCGGUUUUUCAUCAUCAAAGAGAGCUUUCUUCUUUACUACUCUGAAAGUGAAAAAAAGAGCUUUGAAACCAAUAAAUACUUCAAUAUACAUCCGAAGGGCGUCAUCCCUCUCGGGGGCUGCCUGGUAGAGGCUAAGGAAGAGCCCAGCAUGCCCUAUGCCAUGAAAAUCUCCCACCAGGACUUUCAUGUGCACCGUGGCCCCUCUUCCUGGCAGGGGAACAUCUUGCUGGCGGCAGAGUCCGAGUUUGAGCAGACGCAGUGGCUGGAGAUGCUGCAGGAGUCGGGGAAGGUGACCUGGAAGAACGCCCAGCUCGGAGAAGCCAUGAUCAAAAGCCUGGAGGCCCAGGGGCUGCAGUUGGCCAAGGAGAAGCAGGAGUACUUAGACAAGCUGAUGGAAGAGACCGAAGAGCUCUGCCUGCAGAGGGAGCAGAGAGAGGAGCUCGAACGCCUUAACCAGGUGCUGGAGGCUGAGAAGCAGCAGUUCGAGGAGGUGGUACAGGAGCUGAGAGUGGAGCAGGAGCAGAUCAAGAGGGAGCUAGAACUGACUGCAAGAUGCCUCAAAGGUGUGGAGCAAGAGAAGAAGGAGCUGAGGCACCUCACAGAGUCCUUGCAGCAGACGCUGGAGGAACUCUCCAUAGAGAAGAAGAAAACCCUGGAAAUGCUGGAGAAGAAUGAGAACCAACUGCAGACACUGGCCAGUCAGAGCGAGCAGCCCUCUCCCAAUGGGGGUCUCCAUAGCAACCUGAGGCAGAUCGAGGAGAAGAUGCAGCAGCUCUUGGAGGAGAAGCUCCUGGCAGAGAAGCGGAUGAAGGAGAACGAGGAACGCUCGCGGGCCCUGGAGGAGGAGCGCGAGUUCUAUUCCAGCCAGUCCCAGGCGCUGCAGAACUCGCUGCAGGAGCUGACGGCACAGAAGCAGCAGGCGGAGCAGGAGCUCAAGGCCGAGGUGAAGGUCCGCAUGGACCUGGAGAGGCGCCUGCGGGAGGCCGAGGCGGCCCUGAGGAGCCUGGAACAAGGGCUCAACUCCAAGGUGCGGAACAAGGAGAAGGAGGAGAGGAUGCGGGCUGACGUGAGCCAUCUGAAAAGGUUCUUCGAGGAGUGCAUCCGGAACGCGGAGCUGGAGGCCAAGAUGCCGGUCAUCAUGAAGAACUCCGUGUACAUCCACAAGGCAGCCACUCGCCGUAUCAAGAGCUGCCGUUUCCAUCGGCGCCGGUCCAGCACCACUUGGAAUGACAUGAAGCCGUCCCAGUCCUUCAUGACCUCCCAGCUGGAAGCCAACAACAUAGAGGAGCUGAAAGAGGUGGCUAAGCGGCUGAGCCGAGAUCAGCGCUUCCGGGAAUCUAUCUACCACAUCAUGGUGACUCAGCCUGGACCAUCCUCGGCGCUUCCCCAGGGUGGAAAGUGAUGUGCUUUCCUCCCCAUCUCCCAGGUCUUUCCUGGGUGGGGGCUGGGAAUAGGCAGAGUGGGGAGGCUGACUCUACCUGGCUUCUCUCAGCUCUCCUCUGGGCCAGAGCUGCACCUGGGGGCAGCCUCACCCUCAAAGGACAAGGACACUACCUCCCUCACCACCCCCUGCCCCAGACUCUACCCUUGGGUCUAUACCAGGCCCAUGCUGGUCCCAACUGUGAGCUGCCUGGUUGUCAUGACGAGGCCGGGAAGAGGCCUGGUUGCAUGUGGAGACUUUUUUCUUUUUGGCUGGGGAGUGUGGUGGGCAGGGCCCACAGCUCUCUGACAUGCCCACUCUACCUCUCUGUGACUCUGCCACCCUGCCCGUCCUGGUACGUGAAGGCCUCCCCUCUUCACCUUGACAUUUGCCUCCCCUGGGGGGCUUCCUAAUGCUCUCUGCUUCAGCGACCUAUAGACAUUCCUUAGUGGAGGGCCUUCGCUUUGGCCACAUCUGGGUCCGUGGCACACCGUACUGCCACAGUAUCACCUGUCCUGAGGUUGGGCCCUGGCUGUGGGAUCGCCUGCUCGCUCCCCUCCUUGGGUGAGCUCACCCACCUAUAGCCUCUGCACCCUGUGGGGGUGAUGUAAUGCAGCUCCCAUCCCCUGCAUCCCACCUGCAUGUGUACCUAGGGCCCUGGCCCCUGGCUCGGAGCUGGGGCGGCAGCGACGCUGAGAGCUCUCCCAGAGGACUCAGCAAGUCGGGGAGCGGGGGAAGGUGGCCCAGGCUCCUGCAGGGUCUUCCGGUUGGACAGAGAGGCCGCUCCUUCUGGCUAUGGUGGCCCUGUUGGUUCAAGGUGUCACAGAUGACUCCCUCCUGGUUGCCCCUGCUUUGGUGGCCUUGCUCCUUCCUCUCCCUGCAGAGGUUUUACCCAGUGAAGCAGUGUGACCGUGAACCCUGAAAGAUGGGGCUUGGGCCUGUGAAAUGGCCAGUAGCCCCAGGUUGGCCCAUGUCAUCAGGGGUGAAGCUGAAACACCUACCUGCAGCUUUUGUGGAAAACCACCACCCUCCAUGAAGCUGAGGGCUGUGGGGUAUGCCCCUCACCCAGCCCCUCCCUCUCAGGGCCCGCCCUCCAAAGCUUCCGAGUCUGUUGGUCCCUUCAGAAAGGGGAUCCAUCUGGGAUUAGGGUGCUCAGGGACACUGGUGGCAUUAAAGGUGCUGAUUCUCUGCUGCUUAGAAAACUGAGUGAGGAGCUCAAUCAGAGAGAUGGACAGAUGGCUGCAGGGUCAGUCCCUGCAGAGGCGCGGCUCCCUGGGGACUUGUGUGGGGCUCUUCUGUGGGAAGAGGAGUAUUGCUGACUCAACACUCGUGCAUGUCCCCUGCUCGUGCUCAGAGCUGCUUGGGGAGACUAAUCUCAGCAGCCCUUCCUCCGUGGAUGGUGGACUUUGAUGGCUUCAGCCAAUCUCUUCCGAGUCUAGGUGGGGACAGAGGUGGAGGUGCUUCAGAGUUAAUGCAUCUAAAUCAGAGUCUAAAUGUAAGACCUUUAAACAUGUAGAAACCUGCAUAAACCUGGAAAUAAUUUAUGCAAUGUGUAUGUAGGAUGGACUUUGAAAUGUCGGGGAAGACUUAUAACACCAAGAUCACUGUUUUAUUUUUCGCAUCUUUGUUUUUAAAGCAUUAUAUUAAUACUGGUUUGCUUUUGGAGAAAGACCAUUUGGACAUUCUCAAAUGCAUUUAAUUUUUUCUGGGCCAGCUAUCAACCAGAAAGGAAAGUGUUUUUCCAUGCACAUUCACCAAUCCCUAGUUUCUUUCCUCCUGUUUCACCCUGUACUUACAAUGCCUCAGGCAAAUCUGGGUUUCUCUUCAACAAACUGGUCAAUUCAUAAGUAUUUAUUUGUUAAAAACUCACUGUGUACCUUGUACUGUAAAUAGAAAAAGAGCAAAAUCCAUGUAUGAAAAUAUGUAAAGGUGGAAAUUGCUUAUUGGAAAU